UUAGUCUUUAUAAGAUUUCGUGAACGAUGCUACUGCGAGUUAUAUUUACGCUGUUAAUUUUAAAAGCGUCGGCCAGCCAAGUAUCAAGACAAGUGUGUUCUCUAAACUCGGUUUGUAACAAUGUUGAAUCGAUUGAUUCACAACUGUAUCCUAUACGAAUGGAGCAAAUGCGCCUAGGAAAUUUGUUGGAAGACUUGGACAGAAAAAUUGAAACUUUUCUAAACAGAGUCAAUCCGUUGCCCUCCAGCUGUUAUGGAGCUUUAAAGGACACACAAAACCGUUCCAUUCGCACGAUACUUGUGCCGGAGUACAGUGAAAACACUUUUGAAGUGGCCUGCGAUCAGUUCAGAAUGGGAGGAGGUUGGACCAUUAUUUUGCGACGAACGGAUGGAAGUGAGAACUUUUACCGCGAAUGGAAUGAUUACAAAAAUGGAUUUGGAAAUUUGAGCAAUGAGUACUUCCUGGGCUUGGACAAACUGCACGCCAUGACCAAUAAUCAGCAGCAGGAACUCCUGGUUGUUUUGGAAAAUGAGCAGGGGAAGCAGGCCUAUGAAUUGUUCAGCAACUUUAGAAUUGGAUCAGAGAGCAGUGGUUACACCUUGGAAACUGUGGGAACUCCUUCUGGAGACGCCGGCGAUUCACUUACCCCCCACUUGUUCAUGAAGUUUUCUACUAAAGAUCGCGAUAACGACAUAUACCCCAAGGAACAUUGUGCGCAAUCUUAUACAGGCGGUUGGUGGUACAAAUCGCGUCAUUACAGCAAUCUAGCAGGGCAUUAUGGUGAUAAUACGCAAAAAGGCGUAAUCUGGUAUAACUUUGGUGGAUAUUCAAAAUCUAUGCGGCGUGCAACAAUGAUGAUCCGUCCAAAAACUAAUUAAAUGAAAUGUUAACUAAAUCUAUAGCACCUAAAUCAAAAGAUGUAAGAAAGUAAAUAAAUAUAAAAAAGUCAUUGAGACUGAGACCGAGAUCUCGGCGUUUAAACA